AAGAAGAGUGUAGCCAAACAAAAUAAACAAGCGCUACAAUAACAAAGAGAUAUAAUUAAAAAGUCUUGCUCCAAAAUGUCUGCUCAUGAAAUAAAAUUGGAGGUAUGCGUGGAUUCUAUAAAAUCAGCGUUCGCAGCAGAGGAAGGCGGUGCGUCUCGCAUUGAAUUAUGCGCAGCUCUGCAAGAAGGAGGUCUGACGCCCACCGUAGGAACGCUUAAGACUUUAAAGGAACUGCCGUUCACAUUGCCCAUAUAUUGCAUGCUGCGGCCUCGACGAGGCACUGAUUUUGUCUAUAGCGAGGAAGAGCUACAGGCGAUCCUGACAGAUAUGGAUUUACUGCGAACCCAUGGUGCCGAUGGCUUCGUUUUUGGUGCACUGAACACAGACCGAACGAUUGAUAUUGACAAGUGUCGACGCAUUAUGGAGCGCUCCUACGGUCUACCCGUUACGUUUCACCGCGCCUUCGACCUCACUGACCAGAAAUGCAUGCACGAGAAUGUUCAAAUGCUAAAGGAACUCGGCUUCAAACGGGUCUUAUCCAGUGGAUUUCGUCAAUCCGCAGCCGAAGGAGCCGACGUUUUGGCUCAAUUGAUAGCGAAACAUCAUCGCGAUAUAGUUGUAAUGCCUGGCGCUGGUAUCAAAGUGUCCAAUUUGGAAGAGAUACUAACGUUCAGCCGAUGUCUGGAGUUCCAUGCCUCAGCUAUGGACACCGCUGGCGAGGAAUACAGCGCACCGACCACCACACGCAUGGAGUGCGAUGUGACAAUGGGCAAACAGGACAUUGAUCCUUACUACGGCACCAAUGUCAACGUUGUUCGCAAAAUGGUAGCAAUUGCCAAUGCCAUGAGCUGCAGAUAAAUGACAAUAAUAACAAUUUAAAUAAUUUAUGAUAUGCAUAUUUGAUAUGUACAAAUACAAAUGUCCAGAAUAUAGCAUAAGUUAGUAGGAACCACCCGUUAACCACUAAUUGUUGAAUAUCUGAAAUUAUUUUAUUCAUUUCAUUGCUUUAUAUGUUCAAUUGGAAAUUUUUUUGAAAACAUUUCCCGGCAUAGAAAAAAUUUAGAAAUUUAAAAAUUAAUUCAGAAAUUAGAAACGUAAUAAUUUAAUCAAAAAAUGGAAAGCAAUAGCGAAAUGCUAAGGAGUAAAGAAGAGGCAGGACUCGACAAUUUAAAUCGGCAACUACAGAGUAUGGAGAAAAUGUUGAAGAAGGCAGACGAGUAUAACGACACUCUGGCGGAGCGGAUAAACAGGCUAAAGGACAUUUUCCGAUCCAAUCAAAGGGUAUUUGACAAACUGGAGGAUAAUCAGAAAAGUAUAAACCAAAUCUUUCGAGAUGAAGGCGAAAAUGAAUUGAACUCUAAAAAGUUGAUUCCACAUAUUACGAGUAUUGAAAAUAAGCUUUUAGUCACUGUGAAUCUGUUCAACGAUUAUAAAUGUCGAGUAAAGGAUAUGAGCUAUACCCAGGACGCUGACAUGGAAUCAAAGCUGUGUAAACAGCUAAAUAUGCUGGGAUCGAAUCUAAUUUCGGUUGGUAAUCAGUUAAAGUUGAUCCGUCAAGAUAAAACGGCUGAGGAACGUGAUGCAAAUUACCUUCAUCGUUGGUCAUGCAAUGGGUCCAACCAAUCUAACAUGUGUUGGACGCAAUGCAAGUCCCAAAUGCAGGAUAUGUUGCAAAUGAGCCAAUUAACAGUGCUGCACAGACGAUCCGAGCCGUUUUUAUUUGAAUCGGAUAUAAAAGAGACUCCCAUUCGAAAGAUCAGAUGUCAAAAGAAGAUUAUUCAAAGGGUUGAAAGCAUUUUAGCCAAAGCCGAAACCUUUAAUAUAAGAUCGGAGACCCUUACGAAUGUCAAAGUCCUGGCGAAAAUGAUACUGAGUGCUUUGGUUAAGCGAAAUAAUCUUUAUGAGUUCUGCUGCGUGGAUGAUCCUAUAAGCAAUAACAAACUUCCUGAUGUUCUGGAUUGCAAUCCGUACCUACAAUAAACUAGUUCAUUGAUUUAUGAAUAAAUUUUAAUGUAGAAUUAACA